CAUGUAAACAGAGCCCGCCGGGAGGAGCCCCGGGACUGGAAGGAUCUCGCGCUGCCUGGCCCCGCCGCCUGCCCGAGAGCCCGCGGAGCGGCGCGCUACCCGCCCGGGAGGAGGGCGCCGGAGUAGAGGAGGGCGGGGGGCGGAGGGAACGGGAGGGGGCGGCGGAGAGGAGGCUGAGGGAGCGGAGGGCGCGGCGGGCGCGGUGGGCCAGGAUGGAUUUCCAGCAGCUAGCUGACGUUGCGGAGAAAUGGUGCUCCAACACACCCUUCGAGCUCAUUGCCACGGAGGAGACCGAGCGCAGGAUGGAUUUCUACGCCGACCCUGGCGUCUCCUUCUACGUGCUGUGUCCCGACAACGGCUGCGGGGACAAUUUUCACGUGUGGAGCGAGAGCGAGGACUGCCUGCCUUUCUUGCAGCUGGCACAGGACUACAUCUCUUCCUGCGGCAAGAAGACGCUCCAGGAAGUCUUGGAAAGAGUCUUCAAGUCCUUCAGACCUUUACUGGGGCUCCCGGAUGCAGAUGACGACGCGUUCGAAGAGUACAGUGCCGAUGUGGAGGAGGAGGAACCGGAGGCAGACCACCCCCAGAUGGGGGUCAGUCAGCAGUAGUAACCUCGAGAGGGCUCCCCUCUGACAAGGAGUGAGCCCUGCGGCGCCCGAGGUGGGGUCGCGUGCUCCUGGGUCAGCUCUCCGAAACAGGACAUCUGACUCCCAGCUUCCAACUUAACACGAAAUACCUUUUUAACGACCGCAGAAUAUCUGGGAUGAGCUGCGCUCAGAAGUGACCUGCAUUUUACUCCCGUUUCAGUGGGUUUCUAUGGAGUUGUCUCGGUAGCCUUGGCCAUUUCGAAUUCAGAGUCCAUUUUGUGGCUGACCAUACUCUCUUGAGUUUAGGUGGGAGAACUGACAUUUGCUGACUUGAAUGUAGAGAACUCUGAAUGUAUUAAGGAUGUAUUUUAAGUCCUCAUAGGUGACUUGAUGGAGGGCAAGCAUGGCAGAGAAGAAAUGCAGUCUGCACUUUUACGUACCUUGUAAGUGUUGUAAGUGAAAGGUUUUGCUUAUAAAGCAUGAGUUAUAAUAACUAGUCAUUACACUGCACAAGUGCAACUACAAGGGCAGAACAGGAUAAUCACGUAGCUUCAGAUGGAGAGAGGAAGGGAGGCAAGAAACCUUUCAGUGCACUGCCCUCACUGAGUCACCUGGAUGCACGGCAGCUGGUUUGCGGCUGUAUAAACAUACCUGCGUGGUCAGUUAAUUUCAAACGUGCUAAUUCCAAAGCCACUUUUAAAGUGUUAACGGUGGAAAAUAUAAAUGGGGUGCCAUCAGUUACCGAUUUCUUUAAAAUGUUUAUAAGCCGUCCCACAUAUGAAAUGCAGCAUUUACCUUCUCUCUAUAAUGAGAUGGCAACUUGUUAAAUCAUGAAAACAUCCAGAAUCCAAGGGCCACUUCAACUUUGAAGCCAUACAUUUAAUGGGAAAAUAAACCAGGAUAACAUUUUGUAAAAGUAUGAUGGAAUCCUUUUUUCUUAAUCUGUCUUUUAUUCUUUUUCUUAAAAAAAAGUCAAGAAAAGGAUCCCACUGUAUAAUUUAUCUAAAAAUUGUAAUCACGUGCUUCAAGGAAUCUACUUGCAGUGAAUUUUUAAAGUAAUACAAACGUGGGAAUCUUUUCAUCGCAGGUUAGUGGUUCAGAGGGGAAGUUUUAAUGAUCGGAAUCCUCAGACAGCUCAUAGGAACAACCACAGUCCACCUCUUGGGGGUACCUUUGUUGUGCUCAUGUGGACUCAUCUAAAAUAGUCAUUUUCUUGGGCACUUCUGUGUCUCUGGUUCUAACAAUGUAGGGUGCCGGAUGCUUCUCUUACAACAUUUCACUGAACGGAGCAUCUGGGGUGAGGAUGUUUUUAACAUGUGUACCUGUUAGGUUGUCAAAGUUUUCAUUUAAAAAGGGGGGGAAGCAGCAGCCGCAGAAGCCACGGGGCUUCUGGGAGUCUCGUCUGUGUCCCAGACCUGUGGAUGGAAGCUUGCUUAUCGCAGAGGUUUUUGUCUAACUGGCGCUGAGAGGAGUGCGGCUGCUGGUGGUCAAACCGUGUACUGCAGUUUUACGUCAUUGGGUGAAAUAAGAUGGUGGUUACCAUUGUGCAUCAGUAGCCACAGUUUUCCUUUUCUUGGGAAAACAUAGUCAACGUUAAUUUCAAGUGAAAUGAAUGUCCCAGGGAUCCUAUUCACAAGACAAACCAGGAUGUUUCAUCCAGUGGAAUGAGGGUGCUCUGGGCUUUGCUCCCUCACCUGUGUUCUGAUUGGCUCCAGACCUAUGCACAGGUGUUUGGGAAGCUGUCCCUGCUGUAGGUGUUGCACAGGUGUGGUCAUUUUUGUUUUAACACAAUAGGCUGAAAGAAUGACUUACGCGUUAGAAAUGAAGAAGCUUGACUAGCUUGCUCCAUUCAAAGGUAAACUGGAAUUUUGUAUGUUGUAGAGGCUUAACAUCUAAAUUUGUAUGUUUGAAGAUGGAAUGGACAUGGACGUAAAAUGUAUUUUAUCAAAAAAUGGUUUAGGUAUCAACUGAAUGCAGUUUGGUGUUCUUAUGUCAAUGUUCUGUUCCUAAAAAUUGAGCUGAGAUAGACUCGGCCAUUCAUGGGGUGGGGGAGAAAUCUGGUCUUUGUUUUGCCCGGGGGUUGGGGGUAACAUCGCUGUACGUUACUUACUCUCCUGGAAGAACCCCAAAGGCAUCAGCGAAUCAGAUUGUUUCCUCUAAAACUUCCUAGCUGACACAUGUGCCCAUGUUGGGGUCGCGUGUGGCAUUUGAGGCGGCACCACACAGCACGUCACCGGGUCGGUCAGCAAGUCGAGUGGCCUGUCACCUCUGUUGUGGAGAUAGCCCCGUGGCUGGACAAGCUCGGACUUUCGUAGACACAAACACACCUACCAGGAGGUGACGCGGCACAGUGGGAGGAGCACUGACCCGUCAGUUAGGAGAGGGGUGUGGGUUCUGGCACUGACUCUGUCUGCAACCGCGUGACCUUGGGCAAGUCACUCACCCAGCCUGAAAUGAGGGACGCUUGCCCAUCCUGCUCUAACCACUGUUCUUCCAUUACUGCCUUACGAUGUGUGUGGGUAUGAAGGGCAACAAUUGAGACUUCAAGGGAAGUGAGCAGGAAAUAUAUUUAAAACCUCCCUGUCCCGAGGACCCUGGCCACCAGGCUACCUUAGAACAUGUUUCCGAUGGCCUGACCCUGAGGUGCCGGUGACACUGUUCCUUAGGUGAGAGUCAGGCCCCGGAAGGUGCAGAGAACAGACUCGUUUCAGUUGUCCGCACUCUCUCUGUUUUAUCCGUGCCCCGCCAGAUUGCGGCUUUGGAAGUGGAGUAAGUUGAACUUCAUUGAGAGGGGAAAAUUGCAUGAAGCAUAGCUGGAAAUGGGGGACUUCUACCUUCUUUGCCAUCUCAUUCAGUGGAGAGAAAGAGAGUGUAUGUAUGUGACAGUGUGAGUGGGUGGGUGUGGGUGUGGGUGUGCACACAGGGGAGUGAGUGCUGUGGAUCUCUGUGGACGCGUGCCUCCCGUGACCGGACCCAACCAGGUCCUGGGUUUUGGUGAACCACAGAGACAUUUUUCUCACAGCUACUGGUUGCUUUUCUCUGUCUGAUAAUCAUACCGAGUGGACUCUGGGGAAUUGGAGAGUGAAUUAUGAAGCCAGGGGCGGGGGUGAGACCCCACACGGUGCCUGCCACAUGGUGUCCACUCCAGUCCCCCAGGCUCAGAACAGCACAUAUUCCUUUUUGUUCGGCAGUGGCUAGAACACAAAAAGUCUCUUCCUUAGGAAUUCUCCUCAUGUCCUGGUGCAGAAUUAGGAUUCCAGUGUCCUUAAGUGGAAACUGCUCUCCUCUCAGCGUUACCGUCAUUUUUCUUGUGUCAGCAGAAGCCAUUCUGUAGCACAGUGACGUCUCUGAGUGCUGUUUCUGUUUGAUGGGCGCACAAAGUGUGCGGACCGAGGGGGGCGGGCUGUGAUAGCGUGGCAUCAUUGGACUCUGCCUUGCUGAUGAAAAUUGACAAGUUGGGAGCCAGUGGUGUGAACCAGUCUGAUAUGCCAUGAUUCUGGAGGCAGGUUCGGAGUAGGCAGGACUUAAAUCUGGGGUGGGAGAAGGUGAGCAAGGGAAAACAAAUGGGCGAAUCAGGUCUGAUUCUUUAGAAAAAUAAAAUUAAAAGCCAGGAGGCGGUCAGCAUGUAAGGUCCAGGAAAACUCUUUUCAUGGCUAUGCCCCCCAGAGUCCGCUUAGUUCCAAGGGACUGCCUGCCUGUUGAGAGGCGAGGCCUGUGCUGGCUUUGUGGCUUUGAAAACCACCCCCCCACCACGCAGACAGCCGCUGUCCUGCAAAUCUGGGGCCUCCUUGCCCUAGAUAAGCCAGCUGUCAGCCAGACCAGCCUGUCUCUCCAAAGUGCUAACAUAUCUGAGAGAGGCUCCAAUCACAUGCCAGGCUGAACAUGAACCGAACUUGAUCUUGCUGUCAGCUGCAGAGGUCACAGUGGGUCAGCAGCACCCCUCCUGCAGGCCUGAGGGCGAAGCCCACCUACCCCACCGAGCGCCAGGCAGGUAGAAAGAGCACAGUUAGAAUGCAAGCGGGUCUCAUGUCUCACCUGUUCAGUCUUCAGUUUACCAGAGAAGCCCCCAGGUUUUGGAUUUUGUUUUUGUUGUUUGAAUUAAAAACUAAUCCUCUUCCAUAAAGACUCAAUCAGUUACCUUGGUUUUGUAAUACCAAAUAUUAUAACAUGAAAGGCUGAAGUCAUUUAGAUUUAUAGAGAAUAAUUCUAAAACUUGCCAGGAUGCCAGUAGCUUCUGGUGUCCUUGGCAACGUAGUAUCCAUUAUAAAAUAUCUAUAACCCACAUGCAUUGGGCAAAUUGUUAAUAAUAUGUUGUCUUUGAUAUAUAUUUUUAAAAAUUUAGAUUGCAAAAAUAGAGGACCUGUGAUCAUUUUGUGUUAGAAAGCCCAUUUAAAGCAUUAUAAGCCUGAAGUUAAAAGCAGGCCACAUAAAAUUAAACAUUUGAUUUACCCAAGACUGUGAAUUCAAGUUGUAUAGUACCACAGAGGAAAGCUGAUGGUCUGUUAUUUAGAAAACUGCCUUUCCCUGCUUUUUUCCUUUUGUUUUGUUAGAUUUAUUUUUUACAUUAAGUCCCUUCUGAAAGCUGGGCGGUGGAAGAGAGGGGGUAGUACUGGGUCCAUGGGGCGGCUUUUCAGGGGAGAAAGCAGAUCAUCAGUUCUAAACAAAUCUGCAACUCUCCGUGAACCAGCCCGAAUUUGUGUGUGAAAGCAGUUCAGCCGCCUAGUGAGGAGCAGCGAAAGCAAGGAAGAGUUUGGGGGAUGGGGCGUGUCUUAGGCAAAAACAAAAAAAAACAUUUCAUGCAAGGUGUGUGUGCUUCUUUGCCUUUAUAUUUUCUUUCAAAGAAAUCUCUUGUAAAUGACAAAACUGUGAAAUGGGUUGCCAAACAUUGUUGCCCUUUGUUAGAUGCUUCCAGCGGUGAGAAUCCCCACCUGAACCCUGUCCACAUCUGCUCCUUUCUCCCAAGAGAGAGGAUCUCAUCCACCGAUGUAAUUACCAUACGCUUGCUAUUAAAGAGCCUUCCAAACA